UACAGAUUCCACUCACCAACAGUGACGAAAGUGAAACAUGGACGAUUCGCCAUUUUCACCUCCAAACGAUGGUAAUGCCAAUAACACCAACAAUGCCAAUAACACCAACAAUGCCAGCAUCGACAACAAUGCCAACAACAAUGAGGAUGCUUCUAUGCAAGAAAAUGCUGUUGAGUUAGCGUCUAUCUUCGGAUGUCCUUUAGAUGUUGCCAAAGGGUUGCUCAGCGUUUUCGACAACAAUGUCGAUGCCGCGACGCAUGCUAUUUGUGAGGAUCCGUCGCUGUUGCCGGGAAGCGAGGGUGCGGCGCUCGAGGAGGGUGCGGAAGAACAGGCUAGAGAAGCGCUCCUGAACAAUACAGGUGAUGCCCAUCAUGGGAAUCUUCAUCACGACCAAGAUCUUCAUCACGACCAAGAUCUUCAGCAAGCCCAUCUUCUAGGUGGCGAGUUAUUGAAUCGAUCGGGGGACUUGCUAGCAGAGGACGAUGUUCCAGAUGGCGAGUAUGACCACGAGGGAGGUGAACAGGCUAGAGAAUCUCCUGCUGAUGGAUCCGAUGAUGGCGAGGAAGAUGAUGAAGACGAAGAAGAGCGCAUUCUCCAACAAGUAUUGGAGCAAUCCAAGUGGGAUACGGGAGGUGGUCGUGGUUGUACUAGUUGUACUACUUAUUUUUCAUCUACUUCUGAGCCAGCACCUCAUCAUGCUGCAUUUGGAGGAGGACAAGGACAACACCAAGGAGGACAAGGAGGCGUGGUUCCUGCACGACCUCCAGUACUACAGCCAGGGUCUUCGUCAUCUUCCUCAAGUAGUAGUUCGUCUAAUAAUCUACGACAACCUAUAAGUCUUGAAGGACUAGGACAACAGCCAUCGUCCGCUUCGGCAGGCGGGUCUUCAUCUCAAAAUGAUCUGCUAUCACGCCUCGCCGCUUUUAG